AUGUUAAAAUGUAUAUGCCGUGUCUAUUCCCAGCCUUUGGCUCAAAUGGUCACUUCACCGCUGUUUAAACAUAUGGGUAGCGCAGGGACAUACACAAUUCUACCUAUUACAAAUCUGCGCCAUUUAUCUACGAAAAACUGUCCAUUGAAAAUUAAAUCAAAUCGUUCAGAACCUUUGCAGUUUGGCGAUUUUGAACGACAGGUGCCAUGUUCUAGGAAGAGCGGAUCUUCGAAAAAUGUUCAGAAGCGUUUAUACGAGCUCCGACAAUUGAAAACUGUAUUAAGUGAGACUUUUGGAGUAACUGAAUACGCCUCUUUUUUUGAAUCUCUACGAAAUGCCCUGCAUAUAAAUAAUUGCUCAGAAAAUGAAAAGAAGAAACUUUUAUAUGAUAUCAUUUUGCAUCAACACGAGUUAUACCCAGAGGUGGCAAGAAAAAUUGGAUUUUAUCUACCAGGUGAGGUCCACAGAUGGUUCUGGUAUCAUAUUCCAAAAUCAGAAUCUUUUAAUCACUAUCUUUUUCUUUUGAAAAGUGAUGUUCUUCUCUUUACUUCUAACUACUGUACGAGAUUUACCAAUAGGCUGAUAAAAGGAACUGAGAUGGAGAGGCAGUUAGCCACGUUCCAAAUAUUUUUGCAUGAUGAGACAAACAUAAAAUUUAUAAUGGAAAAAGUUCUGAAGUUGCAUACAUUUGACAGCUUAAUCGCUCUAGUAAAUGGCCUUGUUAAGGCGAAAAAUUUUAGGUUCAUUAAAGUAUUUAUUCAAGCUCUACUACAGAAGUUGGAACAGCACUGUUAUUCUGGUAAAGAUGGAGCAAAGCAAAAGAACCUGCGUUAUGUCAAGUUCAACAAUACCUUACUUUAUUACCUUUUGAAAAGUGGAAAUGUUGAGUUAUUCAUCAAAACCUUUCAAGAGGAACUGAAAUUCAUUGUAAGCUCAGGAUUGCUUAAUCACAUUGAUGGAAACGAACACAUAUUGAAUUUUCCCAUUCACCACUACUUGAAUCUGCUCCGAAUAUCUAAUAGGCAGGAGGAGCUUUUCAAUGUAAUUUCCUGCUUACAAAGCAGCCCACUGAUGAAAUAUAAAUUGUUCAAGGAGUUUUUAAUGGGUGAAUUAAUUGCAUCUUUUCAAGCCUUUCGUGACCCGAAAUUGGUGUGUAAAUAUCUCCUCUCAUCAUACAGCUCAAAGGCGUCUGCUAAUAUUCUGAAUGCCCUAGGGAUUUGGGGGUGGCUCUAUCAUUCAAAAUCAACGACUUUGACAGCUCCUACGUUAGCAAGAGAGCUGAAGAACAAAAAUAAUAUUCUACCGAACACAAUGCGAAUAGGAUCACCAGUGACUGUUCCAAUUUUAACUGAACUGUAUAGAAGCCUUUUAUCUUCGAGUUCUGUUUCACUGGAAAGUGGUCAAUUCAAGAAUUGUCUUCUUGAUUUAUAUUACAAGUACAAGAGUUUUCUUUCCGAGGAAGCUCAUAAAUACAGGUAUUGGAGAAAUGAUACCGGAAUCCUCAAUGUUUUCCUAAAUUAUAUUAGAUUCCAAGCUCGUGAACCAAGGCUGGCCUACAAUGUUCUUCUGGAUUUUUAUUCUCAACCUUUCGCCAAAAAAGUGGUUUUAACUACCACGCUAUGUCCCUUUUCCAUAGUAGCCUAUAAAAAUCAUACAUUAACGCAGGCUGAACUAUCAGAAUUGCUACAGGUGAUGCAUAAAAAUGGGGUGCCUUUAACGUUUAAAUUUUGUUCUGCAAUGGUAAUGCAUUAUGUCAAAAUGAGAGACGAAAAAGGAGCACGCUCCUGGUACAAUAAGAUACUCUUCGGGGGCUUUGAAAUCAGGCAUAUGGCUUUGAUACAGAUAAUAAAAGACCAAGGCUGGCCGUUUCCCAAAAACUUUGACGAAACUUUACUGACGGAAUUGGUGGAAAAUAAUAACAUUAAAGAACCUACUGAUAGCACCCUGUUUACUGACGAAGAUAUGUUCGAAGAAGAUGGCAAGCCUAGAUUUAAUGAUGAUGAUGUUAAUAAAUGUACAAAUAUUAUAAGAGAGACGUUGAAAAGUCUAAAUUAA